GUCAGAAGGGCCCGCUGUUUGGAGGACCUGAGGCAGAGGAGGCACUGGGGUCACGUGCACAAGCCUUUGGUUAGGCGGCCGUGGUCCUGACUUUACGUCUGGGAGCUGUGCGUUUAUUUUUUGAGUGUGUCCCUAGAGCAGAGACUUGCGAGCCUAGAAGAGAAGGGAAACCAGGACGUGCGGGGGCUGGAGGUGGGUGUUUGUGAAAAGGGUCGGGCCCACUUCAGGACGAGUGAACACCCUGGGCAAAAGGCCGGAGGACGAAGGGUCCCUGGAAAGGAGCUGCUCUCAGCCGACCGGGGGUGGAGGGCGGCUGAGGUGCUUCCAGAGCCAGGAGUCCUGGAAGAUGACGCCUCUUCCAGCAUUCUCCUUCCGGGCGAGAGUGAGCGUGAGGAGUGACUGUCCUGGGGAGGGGCUGGAGCGGGGGUUGGGGUACAGGAGCGCCCUGCCCCCCAGCAUGUCUGAGCCCGCUCCAGCCAGCUCAGCCCUCUGGGACACCCCUUGAGCCCCCCCCACACACACACAGAACUCAGGGGUCUUGCGCUGAGCUCCAAACAGUUGCUUCUCCUGCUCUAGCUCUGAUUUGCCUUACAGUGUAGUCAUUUCUCACCCCAUUAAGUCAGGCACUUAAAAGACAAUAAUCACGUUAUAAUUAUUUCUGUGCCUUUCUCCCUGUCGUGCUUGGCAGGGUGCUGGAUAUACACCGCAGUACCUGAAUAAAUGCACGAGCAAAUGAAUGAAUGAGAACGUGUGUGUGUGUGUGUGUGUGUGUGAGUGUGUGUGUGGUGAGGGUGGUUACUGCUGAAGGAUAGAAAGCUGGGAUUGGAAGGAAAGAAACCAGGACGAGAGAGUCAAUAGACACAGUUAGAAUAACUGCUAAUAAUCAUUGAGAGUUUACCUGUAUCAGGUAUGUCAACUAAGUGUUUCAUGUGUAUGUGUUUGAAUUUAAUGUUCACACAAUAAUGUGCAGGGUUGGUACAACUGCUGCCCCUGUUUUACAUACGAGGAAGCUGCGUCUCAGAGAAGAAGGCAGCUGGCCCAGAGUCGCGUGGCCGGUAAGUAGCAAACCAGGACCCGACACGGUGUGCUGGGCAGCAGAGCCCACGCAGUUUUUGUCGUGGCAAAACUGGUCUCAGGGCUACACACACUCAGGCGUCCCGCAUUGUAGCCUGAUGUGUGUGCUCACUGCGUAGCGUUCAUCUGAAGCCUGGCUUCCGUCCAGCACCCAUCGAUGGCCGUCCCCGUCCCCCCAAGCCCCGGCCCCACAGCCACCAGUCUGUGCUCUGUGUCCGCGAGCUGCUUGGUUUGCUUUUAGAUUCCACACAGAAGUGGGAUCACACGGUGUUCGUCCCCAUGAGAGCCCAGGCCUCACGGAGAACCCACCCUGCUCUGCAGCCUCCCGGAGCCUCGUAAUCAUCUGCUGAGGCACUUGGUAGACUUUUCAUUUUUAGCGACUUACUUGCAGUCCGUGGCCGAGGAUCCUCACUGUUAGCGUGGGCUCCAGGCCCAAGGGGCCGCCCUAUGUUCUAUCUUUAGUUGUGUCCCCUGCUCUCAGAACAGGGCCUGCCACCUCUUAGCAGUGACGACCCCGAGACCCUGGGGCCCUCCUCCCACGCUCCUCUCAGGCCUGCCGGCCUCACUUCUGCUCACCGGUCCCAUCGGUCAGCAGCGUCCCCUCCUCAUCCCUAAUCUGAAGCUGGACAACUGGGCGUGAAACGUAGGGCCGGGUUUUGUCCCAGACGAUCCCUGAGCUCGGCAAAUGCUGAUCAAGUGACUGUCUCUGGCUUAGGAUGGAAAGACGCCAGGAAAGAUCGAAGCAUCAAGCCCGAUGGGUUACACCAGGGCUUCUAGAAGCGAGUUGGUGGCGGGAGGGAGGGGCAGGAGAUUGAAUGUCUCUGUGACUUGUGCACGGCAGCGUGCCGGAUGAGCCCUGGAGCCCUUUUAUGAAACAUGCCAGCCCAGCUGCAACAGGACCUCUCCUAACAGCCCCGAGUUGUGUUUCCCUGAAGACACAGGGAAGCGUGCUCUGGACGGAGAUGUGGGUGGCCGCCUGCCCCGUGGCUCCCCAAGGAGGUCUGCCCACAGAUGCCCAGAAGCAGCAGAGCACCAAGGGAGGUGCCAGCCUCGUCCAGAGCCUGGGUGCUUCGUGGGCAGUGACGGCCCUUUAGGGGCUUCCUGACUCCACAGGCCGCGCUGUCUUCCCCAAACAUUCUGCCAGUUUGCAGCACGAGGACUUCUUUCAGCUGAAGAAGUGGCCAGGGCAGGCGGAGGCCCCUUGUGUGGGCACCCAGGCUAGUGCUGGCUGCAGAGAGCGAGGGCGGGGACGGUCAGGAGCCCGAGUGGGGAGUGUUCCUGGGGCUGUAAACGACCCGGAGCCCCCCCCCACACACACACACACACAGCCGAAGACAGGAGAGGGGAGUGGGUGGGCCACUCACUGACCACAGGGCGCCCAGACGGCCACCCGCCCCACACGAGAAGUCGAAUGUGCGCUUGAAGGGCACGAACCGCCACGGCCGUCCUUGCCCUCCCGGCUCUCCCGAGCUGGGACCUGCGUCUGCCAGCCUCUGCAUUUUUGUAUCUUUUUCUCAUGGCGUGGCCCCCUUGUCUUUAAAAGGCUAAAUGCUCUGUACUAAAUUUGGUCACACAGCGCUCCAAGAUUCUCUGGAAUGUCCUCAAGUUUCAAACCGCUCUGACGGUGAGGCCGGCCCGCCCCCGCUGGGGGAUUGGCCUCUCCUUUCAGGGCCGGGCAGUCUCCCGGUCUUAUUGGCCGCUGGCUAGACCAGCCAGGUCCAUAGCCCUGGGCUUGGGGAGGCUGCCGCUGGCUCCCAGUUAGCAGCAGUCCAGCACCUGUGGCACGGCCGUCCAGUCUCUGGGGUCUGCGCCCAAGCCCACUGUGCCCCGUCCAGAUCAGCUGGCCCCCCUGGACUGCCGCAGCCCCUGCCAAGAUGUCCAAGGUAGCUAAGUACCGCCGGCAGGUGAGUGAGGACCCCGACAUCGACAGCCUGCUGUCCACCCUGUCUCCCGAGGAGAUGGAGGAGCUGGAGAAGGAGCUGGACGUGGUGGACCCUGAUGGCAGCAUCCCGGUGGGGCUGCGGCAGAAGAACCAGACGGAGAGGCCGUGCACGGGCGCCUACAGCCGGGAAGCCAUGCUCAACUUCUGCGAAAAGGAGACCAAGAAGCUUAUUCAGAGGGAGCUGUCCGUGGACGAAAGCAAGCAAGCGGAGACCAAGACAGAUGCCAAGAACGGAGAGGAAAGGGGCAGAGAUGCCAGCAAGAAAGCCCUGGGCCCCAGGCAGGACUCAGACCCGGGGAGGGAGCCAAGGAGGGGGGUGUUGAAGAAAAGCUUCUCUAGGGACAAAGAUGACGCUGGGGCCAAAGGCACAGAGCAGCCCGCAGAGGGGGGCCCGGCCCAGGAGGAGGCGGCGCCCGGCGUCUUCGACGAGGCCCUGGAGAGGGUGCGGAACAACGACCCCGGGAUGACGGAGGUGAACGUCAACAACUCCGACUGCAUCACCACCGAGGUGCUGGUGCGCUUCGCCGAGGCGCUGGAGUUCAACACGGUGGUGAAGGUGUUCGCGCUGGCCAACACGCGCGCCGACGACCACGUGGCCUUCGCCAUCGCCAUCAUGCUCAAGGCCAACCGCACCAUCACCAGCCUCAACCUGGACUCCAACCACAUCACGGGCAGGGGCAUCCUGGCCAUCUUCCGGGCCCUGCUGCAGAACAGCACGCUGACCGAGCUGCGCUUUCACAACCAGCGGCACAUCUGCGGCGGCAAGACCGAGAUGGAGAUGGCGCAGCUGCUGCGGGAGAACGGCACGCUGCUCAAGCUGGGCUACCACUUCGAGCUGGCCGGGCCCCGCAUGGCCGUCACCGGCCUGCUCAGCCGCAACAUGGACAGGCAGCGGCAGAGGCGGCUGCAGGAGCAGCGGCAGGCGCAGGCCGGCGGCGAGAAGGCGGCCCUGCUGGGGGUGCCCAAGGUCGGGGCCCCGGCCAAAGGCUCCCCCAAACCCUCCCCGCAGCCAUCGCCAAAGGCCUCCCCCAAGAACUCGCCCAAGAAAGGGGGGGCUCCGGCCGCUCCCCCCCCGCCCCCGCCUCCCCUGGCCCCACCGCUCAUCAUGGAGAGCCUGAGGAACUCACUGUCGCCAGCCACCCAGAGGAAGAUGGGGGACAAAGUCCUCCCCGCCCAGGAGAAGAACUCGCGCGACCAGCUGCUGGCUGCCAUCCGCUCCAGCAACCUCAAGCAGCUCAAGAAGGUGGAGGUACCCAAGCUGCUGCAGUAGGAACGGGCGCCACCUCCGCGGCCGCCACCGCCCCGGCCUCGCCUCCCAGGGCCGCACAGACCCCCGCACCACCGCUGCUGCCCGCUGCGACGUCCCUGCCGUGCCGGGGGACCGCUGGAGGCCUAGCCCACACUUCAGGGCUCUCUUCCUGCUCCCCUUUUCUUAUCGCUGAGGCUCUCCAGGCUUUUCUUCUCUACCUGGAGCUGAAGUUCCUGGACAAGGAGAGUCCUCGUAGCCCGUCACCGAGAAGAUGGCAUGCCUGUGGCUGGCAAGCUGCACAGGCCCGUGCGCCAGGAGAGAGGUGCCGCAGGGACGCCGCCAGCCCAGCCCACUGCCCUCCAGGGCCAGGAUUCAGGCCUCUGAGGAGCCCUUGGGCAAAGCAGCGGCUGGUGGCCCCCGUGCAGGGCAGCGGCAGAAAACAGAGGCGUGAGGGCCAGGGGACGAGGAAGGCGGGGCUGAGGAUGCCCCCCAAUCCCUCCUGGGCCAGGGCGCAGGUGCACGGGGCUGGCGGGCGUGGGUUCCAGAGAGCCACACACAGCAGCCUGGCCGGGAGCUUUGAUGCCAAAGUGACAUUUCCCCCACAGCCGCCUGCUGCUGUGUGAACGGCUGCGUCUGUCUCCCAUAGAUUUUGAUAAUAUAUACAAGCCUUUAGCUGUGCGGUGUGCCCGCCUCUGUACUGUGCCGAGCGCCCGGAGGCCCACCCGGGCUCCCAGCCAUGGCCCCCGAGCUGGCCAUUAGACAAGUUCACCUCUGCAGAAAGAACCGUGUGGGGACACCUUACCCACUGAGCUGGCCGUCAAGGCUCAGGAGACCGGUCCUGCCCCGUGGGGCUGCCCUCAGGGGUGACGGCGAGUGGGGCCCAGGACCGGGCUGGUUUGAUACCACCACGCUCAGGGGUGCUCACUCCAGGACUCCCUGACUGUAGGCUGGUGGCCAGCUCCCAACAGCGGCCACAGGCCCAGGAAGUGGGCAGAGAAAUGACGUGACCACUUGGGGAGCAGCGCCCCCCCAGACCCUACUCACGGAGCCCACUCCCUGCCCUGGCUGCCCUCCUGACCAGAGGGAGCCCCCACAGCCCCACUGGGGUACAUCGCAGGCAUCCUUCUGGUUUGAUGGCUUAAGGGUGCUGGCACCCCCACCCCCACCCCCCAGCACUGCGGCACUGCCGCCUUGGGUCUGGGCCACUUGCAGGGGCACAGCAGUGUCACCAUCUUUGGGGUCCAGGCGGGGCCCCUGCUAGGAAGCAGGGUGGUUGUGUUACAUCCGGCCCCAAACAGAGGGCGGGCGAGCGGCGGGAGCAGAGUCAGAUCCCGGGGCGCGCGCAGCCCCGCGCUGUCCCAGCACAGGGGCCUCCGGGGCGGCGGCCCCCGCCUGCCCGUCCGCGCCGCCCGCCUUGGCUGGGGCUUCAGUCCGCCGGCCGCCCUGCAGCCCCGAGUGGGCGCCCCACGUCCACGUUGCAGCUGAGGCUCCGCCCAGAGAGCCUGGCGGGCAGCGAGGGUCGCCCCGCGCGCCGACGACAGCGCAGCUCGGGCGCCGUGCACCCGGCGGACGGGACGCGCAGGGCCCAGCUCAGCGCCCGAGGCCGCCGCCGCCGCCGCCCGAGGCCGCGCUUCCCACCAACCUGCAGAGGAGACCACGAGGCUGAGCAAGCCGAGCGCUUCUCCCGCCCACGCGCGCCAAGGCGUCGCCCCGGGCCGAGGCGGGGGCGCAGCGCCACCUGGCGGCGGGAGGGCGCGGGCUCCCGCGGGGUGACGUCA